GAGAGAGAGAGAGAGAGAAGACGCUCGCUAGAGUUAAGAUGGCGGCAUGUGGGUGAAGAGGCUGGGAUCUGAAGUCGGAGCUUUUUUUUUUUCCGCCCGUUGAACGACUCGUAUGAAUCCACGCAUAUAUAUACACACACACAUAUAUAUAUACAGGACGUCGAAGGAGAACCAGUUUCCACGUCGUCCACACGAUCCGUGUGUGAUUCCGGACUGACCCCAUGACAUCCAUACACUUCGUGGUUCACCCGCUGCCCGGGACCGAGGACCAGCUCAAUGACAGGCUCCGUGAAGUCUCGGAGAAACUCAACAAAUACAGCUACAACAGUCAUCCACACCUUAACUUGCUGGAGCAGGCCCCCCUGAAACAGUGUGUCGUUGGUCCAAACCAUGCUGGAUUUCUCCUCGAGGAUGGACGUGUGUGUAGAAUCAGCUUUGCUGUCCAGCCUGAUCGCCUGGAGCUCAGCAAACCGGACGGCAGCGAUGGUGUAAAGUUGAGCAGUGGUUCAGGGACAGGAAGGAGCUCCAGGCCAGGCAGGACUAGUGAUCCUCCCUGGUUCCUGUCUGGUUCUGACACACUGGGCAGACUGGCAGGCAACACCCUUGGGAGUCGCUGGAGCUCUGGUGUAAACGGAGGCAGUGGAGGAGGUGGAAGUGGUGGUGGAGCAGGGGGAGGCGGAGCAGGAGGUGGCAGCAGUGGUGGAGGAGGGGGCGGAGGAGCAGGCGGAGGCGGUGGCUCGUCGGGUAGGUCAUCGACGGCGGCGCGCGAUUCCCGCCGGCAGACCAGGGUGAUCCGCACUGGGCGGGACCGUGGCUCGGGCCUUCUGGGUAGCCAGCCGCAGCCAGUCAUCCCAGCCUCUGUCAUCCCUGAAGAACUCAUUACUCAGGCCCAAGUCGUCCUCCAGGGGAAGUCCAGGAGUGUGAUAAUAAGGGAGCUCCAGAGGACCAACCUGGAUGUCAACCUCGCUGUCAACAACCUGCUGAGCCGGGACGAUGAGGAUGGAGAUGAUGGUGAUGAUACAGCCAGCGAGUCCUACCUCCCCGGAGAGGACCUGAUGUCCCUGUUGGAUGCAGACAUUCACUCUGCCCAUCCCAGCGUGAUCAUCGACGCCGAUGCCAUGUUCUCGGAGGACAUCAGCUACUUUGGCUACCCGUCUUUCAGGCGCUCCUCACUGUCUCGCCUGGGAUCAUCCCGAGUUCUCCUUCUUCCCUUAGAGCGCGACUCAGAGCUGUUGCGUGAGCGCGAGUCUGUGUUGAGGUUGCGCGAGCGCCGGUGGCUGGAUGGGGCCUCGUUCGACACGGAGCGAGGCUCCACCAGCCGGGAGGGCGAACCGAGCCUGGACAAGAAGAGCAUCCCCGUCCAGAGUCCCGUCUCCCUGGGAGAGGAGCUCCAGUGGUGGCCUGACAAGGAUGGUGUGAAGUUUGUGAGCAUUGGAGCCAUGUACUCGGAGCUGGUGGCUGUCAGCUCGAAAGGAGAGCUUUAUCAGUGGAAGUGGAGUGAACCUGAACCCUACAGGAAUGCACAGAAUCCAUCAAUUCAUCACCCACGUGCAUCAUUCCUGGGCGUGGCCAAUGAGAAGAUCACCUUAUUGUCUGCUAAUAGCAUCAGAGCCACUGUGGCUACGGAGACCAACAAGGUGGCGACCUGGGUGGACGACACACUGAGCACGGUGGCCUCCAAGCUGGAGCACAGCGCUCAGGUUUUCCCCGAGCUGCAGGGGGAGCGCAUGGUGUCACUGCACUGUUGUGCCCUCUACACAUGUGCACAGCUGGAAAAUAGCCUCUAUUGGUGGGGUGUUGUGCCUUUCAGUCAACGGAAGAAGAUGCUUGAAAAGGCCAGAGCCAAGAACAAAAAGCCAAAGUCCAGUGCUGGCAUCUCCUCAAUACCCAACAUCACCGUGGGAACACAAGUGUGCUUGAGGAAUAACCCCCUCUACCAUGCCGGUGCAGUGGCCUUUUCUGUCAGUGCUGGGAUUCCCAAAGUGGGCGUCCUCUUGGAGUCUGUGUGGAACAUGAACGACAGCUGCAGGUUCCAGCUGCGCUCACCAGAGAGCCUCAAGAACAUGGAGAAGACCACUAAGACCCAGGAAAUCAAGACUGAAAGCAAGCCGGAGUUGGUGAAGACGGAGAUGGGCCCUCCUCCGUCUCCAGCAUCUACAUGCAGCGAUACCUCUUCUAUUGCUAGCAGUGCCUCACUGCCCUACAAACGAAGGCGUUCCACCCCGGCGCCCAAAGAGGAGGAGAAGGUGAACGAGGAGCAGUGGCCUCUGAGGGAAGUGGUGUUUGUGGAGGACGUUAAAAAUGUCCCUGUGGGAAAGGUGCUCAAAGUGGAUGGCGCGUAUGUUGCCGUGAAGUUUCCGGGGACAUCAAGCAGCAUGAGCAACCAGAGCACUGCUGCUCCCACUGACUCAGACCCGUCGUCACUUUUGCAGGACUGUAGACUCCUCAGAAUAGACGAGCUGCAGGUACUGGCUGUGGAUCCCCUCUCGCUCGUCCUCAUCUCAGAACUUGGAGUGGUCAAAACUGGCGGGACUCCGAAAGUUCCUGAUUGUUUUCAGCGCACACCUAAAAAGCUCUGUAUCCCGGAAAAGGCUGAGAUUCUGGCUGUGAAUGUUGACUCCAAAGGAGUCCACGCAGUGCUGAAGACUGGUAACUGGGUGAGGUACUGUAUCUUUGACCUAGCCACAGGAAAAGCUGAACAGGAGAAUAACUUCCCUACGAGUAACCUUGCCUUCCUGGGUCAGAGUGAGCGCAAUGUGGCCAUCUUUACGGCCGGACAGGAGUCUCCCAUCAUCCUCCGAGAUGGCAACGGCACAAUCUACCCUAUGGCCAAAGACUGCAUGGGUGGAAUUCGAGAUCCCGAUUGGCUUGACCUGCCGCCUAUAAACAGCCUUGGAAUGGGGGUCCACUCUCUGGCCAAUCUCCCCUCCAACUCCACCAUCAAAAAGAAAGCUGCUAUUAUAAUUAUGGCUGUCGAGAAACAGACCCUGAUGCAGCACGUGCUGCGUUGUGACUACGAGGCGUGUCGGCAGUACCUGGUGAACCUCGAGCAGGCCUUCCUGUUGGACCAGGGCAACCCCACCCUCGGAGCUCUCCUGGGCCACCGCUGCGAUGGAAACCGCAACAUUCUCCACGCCGCCGUCUCUGUCUGCUUCCCAGUCAGUAACAAGGAGACCAAAGAGGAGGAAGAAGCUGAAAGGUCUGAGAGGAACACAUUUGCAGAGCGCCUGUCUGCUGUGGAGGCGAUUGCCAACGCCAUCUCUGUGGUUUCAAGCAACAGCUCUGGAAACAGGACCGGCUCCUCCAGCAGCAGAGGGCUUCGUCUGAGGGAGAUGAUGCGGCGGUCUCUGAGAGCAGCCGGUCUCGGCCGCCACGAGUCCGGCCCGUCAUCCAGUGACCACCAGGACCCAGUGUCGCCACCCAUUGCCCCACCAAGUUGGGUCCCUGACCCCCCACCCAUGGACCCUGAUGGUGAUAUCGACUUCAUUCUAGCACCUGCUGUGGGUUCACUCACCACUGCCUCCACUGCGACCAGCCAGGGACCCAGCACCUCCACCAUUCCAGGGCCGUCCACUGAACCAUCUGUGGUGGAAUCUAAAGACCGGAAGGCCAACGCCCAUCUCAUCCUAAAGCUCAUGUGUGACAGCGUCGUUCUAAGACCUCACCUACGGGAGCUGCUUUCUGCAAAGGAUGCCCGUGGGAUGACUCCGUUCAUGCUGGCUGUCAGCGGGAGAGCCUACCCGGCAGCCAUCACAGUUCUGGAGGCUGCUCAGAAAAUGGCCAAGGUGGGCGACCCGGGCAUUACAGAGAAGGAGGACGCAGACUCUGUGUUCAUGGAGAUGAUUUGCCCCUCGGGGACCAAUCCAGAUGACUCGCCCCUGUAUGUUCUGUGCUGCAAUGACACCUGCAGUUUCACUUGGACUGGAGCUGAGCACAUUAACCAGGAUAUCUUUGAGUGUCGAACCUGUGGUCUGUUGGAGUCCCUAUGCUGCUGCACCGAGUGCGCCAGGGUGUGUCACAAAGGACACGACUGCAAGCUGAAGAGGACGUCUCCCACAGCAUACUGUGACUGUUGGGAGAAAUGCAAGUGCAAAACUCUGAUUGCCGGCCAGAAAGCUGCUCGUCUCGAUCUGCUGUACAGGCUGCUCACAGCCACUAACCUGGUCACAACACCAAACAGCCGGGGAGAGCAUAUAUUACUGUUCCUGGUGCAGACUGUUGCCAGGCAGAGUGUUGAGCACUGUCAAUACAGACCACCGCGCAUCAGAGAAGACAGAAACCGCAAGGCUGCUAACGCUGAAGACUCUGACAUGCCAGACCAUGAUCUAGAGCCGCCGCGCUUUGCUCAGCUGGCUCUGGAGAGGGUUCUGCAGGACUGGAAUGCCCUCAAGUCCAUGAUCAUGUUUGGUUCUCAGGAGAAUAAAGACCCACUUAGUGCCAGCAGCAGAAUUGCGCACCUCCUGCCCGAAGAGCAGGUCUACUUGAACCAGCAGAGUGGCACCAUUCGCCUGGAUUGUUUCACCCACUGCCUCAUUGUCAAGUGUGCUCCUGACAUCACCUUCAUAGACACUUUACUGGGCACAUUGGUGAAGGAGCUGCAGAACAAGUACACUCCUGGCCGGAGAGAGGAAGCGGUCAAUGUCACCCGGAGGUUCCUUCGCUCUGUGGCCCGGGUGUUUGUCAUCCUCAGCGUGGAAAUGGCUUCCUCCAAGAAGAAAAACAACUUCAUCCCGCAGCCCAUUGGGAAGUGUCGGCGUGUUUUCCAGGCGCUCUUGCCGUAUGCGGUGGAGGAGCUGUGUAACGUAGCGGAGUCACUGAUUGUUCCGGUGCGAAUGGGCAUCGCAAGACCCACCGCUCCUUUCACUUUGGCCAGCACUAGCAUCGAUGCUGUUCAGGGCAGCGAGGAGCUCUUCUCCGUCGAACCGCUGCCUCCAAGGCCCUCACCGGACCAGUCCAGCAGCUCCAGCCAGACAGCUGCCUCUUAUAUCAUCAGGAACCCCCAGCCUCGUCGCAGCAGCCAGUCUCAACCGGUCAGAGGAAGAGACGAGGAGCAGGAUGACAUUGUGUCAGCAGAUGUGGAAGAGGUUGAAGUCGUAGAGGGAGUCGCAGGAGAGGAAGACCAUCACGACGACCAGGAAGAACAGGGAGAGGAAAAUGCAGAGGCGGAAGGACAGCACGAUGAACACGAUGAGGAUGGAAGCGACAUGGAGCUUGAUCUGCUGGCAGCAGCCGAAACGGAGAGCGACAGUGAAAGUAACCACAGCAAUCAGGACAAUGCUAGUGGCCGCAGGAGCGUCGUCACGGCAGCGACCGCUGGCUCUGAAGCAGGUGCCAGCAGUGUCCCCGCCUUCUUUUCAGAGGACGACUCCCAGUCCAACGAUUCCAGCGACUCGGACAGCAGCAGCAGCCAGAGCGACGACGUGGACCAGGAAACCUUCCUCUUGGACGAACCGCUGGAAAGAACGACGAGCACUUCACAUGCCAACAGUGCGGCCCAGGCUCCGCGCUCCAUGCAGUGGGCUGUGAGGAACACCCCCAGCCAGAGGGCCACUGGAAGUGCCCCCUCCAGCUCCUCCACACCAGCUGCGAGCUCCACAGGCCUGAUCUAUAUUGAUCCAACCAACCUGCGUCGCUCCAGUGCGAUCAGUUCCAGUGCUGCAGCAGCCGCAGCGGCACUGGAGGCCAGUAACUCCAGCAGUUACCUGACAUCCGCCAGCAGCCUGGCCCGGGCCUACAGCAUUGUAAUCAGGCAGAUCUCGGACCUCAUGAGUCUUAUUCCCAAGUAUAACCAUCUUGUCUACACUCAGUACCCUGCCGCUGUGAAGCUCACCUACCAGGAUGCAGUGAACCUGCAGAACUAUGUUGAAGAAAAGCUGAUUCCCACCUGGAACUGGAUGGUGUCCAUCAUGGAUUCCACCGAAGCGCAGCUGCGAUACGGCUCGGCCCUGUCGUCUGCUGGAGACCCUGGUCACCCCAGUCACCCACUCCACGCCUCUCAACACUCAGCUCGCAGGGAACGCAUGACUGCUCGAGAGGAGGCCAGCCUCCGCACCCUGGAGGGACGCAGGAGGGCGGCCACUCUGCUGACGGCUCGCCAAGGCAUGAUGUCGGCACGAGGUGAUUUCCUGAACUACGCGCUGUCGCUGAUGCGCUCCCACAACGACGAGCAUUCCGACGUGCUACCCGUGCUGGACGUGUGCUCACUUAAGCACGUGGCCUAUGUCUUCCAGGCCCUCAUCUACUGGAUCAAGGCCAUGAACCAGCAGACCACGCUGGACACCCCACAGAUAGAUCGAAAGAGAAAUCGAGAGAUCUUGGAACUGGGUUUGGACAAUGAAGAUUCUGAACAUGAGAACGAUGAGGACACCAAUCAAAGUUCAACUCUGCAGGACAAGGAUGAGGACCCGGUACCUGCUGAAACGGGUCAGAACCAUCCCUUUUUCCGUCGUUCUGACUCCAUGACGUUCCUGGGCUGCAUCCCGCCCAACCCCUUCGAUGUUCCCCUGGCUGAGGCGAUUCCAUUGGCAGACCAGCCCCACCUCCUGCAGCCUAAUGCCCGGAAGGAGGAUCUGUUUGGUCGUCCCUCUCAGGGCUUGUACUCCUCCUCCUCCUACAUGGCAACCAAAGGCCUGGCUGAGGCGAGCAUGGACAGGAGCUGCCUGGAGGUAAACAUGGGCUCCUCUCUACCCUCCCCCUCUCAGAUCCUGCCCACCAAGAUGUCUUACUCGGCCAACCUGAAGAACGUGAUGAGCAUGGAGACCGGCCAACGUGGCGCCGAGAACCAGUCACUGGCAGAGCAGGAGAUGGAGACCUCAAAACCAGGCCCGUCGCCCCACGACCUCGCCGCCCAGCUGAAGAGCAGCCUGCUGGCUGAGAUUGGCCUCACCGAGAGCGAUGGACCACCGCUGCCAUCAUUCAGACCUCACUGUAGCUUCAUGGGAAUGAUGAUCUCACACGACAUGCUACUGGGCCGCUGGCGUCUGUCACUGGAGCUCUUCGGCCGUGUCUUCAUGGAAGACGUGGGAGCCGAACCUGGAUCUAUCCUCACUGAACUCGGUGGCUUCGAGGUGAAGGAGUCCAAGUUCCGCAGGGAGAUGGAGAAGCUGAGGAACCUGCAGUCCCGUGACCUGGCCCUGGAGGUGGACCGGGAUCGGGACCAGCUAAUACAGCAGACCAUGCGUCAGCUCAACACGCACUUUGGCAGGCGCUGCACGACCACGCCCAUGGCCGUGCACCGGGUGAAGGUCACCUUCAAGGACGAGCCGGGCGAGGGCAGCGGCGUGGCCCGCAGCUUCUACACCGCCAUCGCCCUGGCCCUCCUCUCCAACGAUAAGUUGCCCAACCUGGACUGUGUUCAGAGUGUCAGCAAGGGCAUGCAGGCCAGCAGUACGUGUCAUCACGAUUACAAUUCAAAUCUAAUGCAGCGUUUGAGGAACCGAGACAGAGAAAGAGAGCGGAGAAGUGGAGGGAUUCGAGCGGGAUCUCGGAGAGACCGGGACAGAGACUCAAGGAGGCAGCUGUCCAUAGACACGAGGCCUUUCAGGCCCUCGUCGGAGGGCAACCCCAGUGACGAGCCCGACCCUCUACCUGCACACAGACAGGCCCUCGGGGAACGGCUCUACCCACGUGUUCACGCAAUGCAACCGGCAUUUGCCAGUAAAAUCACAGGCAUGUUGCUGGAGCUGUCCCCUGCUCAGCUGCUGCUGCUGCUGGCCAGUGAGGACUCUCUCCGAGCCCGAGUUGAAGAGGCCAUGGAGCUUCUCAUCGCUCAUGGAAGGGAAAAUGGUGCUGACAGCAUAUUGGACCUGGGUCUCCUAGACACGCCGGAGAAAACACAACAGCAGGAGAACCGUAAGCGUCAUGGCUCUACCCGCAGUGUGGUGGACAUGGAGCUGGACGACCCAGAUGACGGGGAUGACAACGCUCCCCUCUUCUACCAGCCUGGCAAACGUGGCUUCUACUCCCCACGGCCCGGCAAGAACACAGAGGCCCGACUCAACUGCUUCCGAAACAUCGGCAGAAUACUGGGGUUAUGUCUGCUGCAGAACGAACUCUGCCCAAUCACUUUGAACAGACAUGUCAUCAAAGUGCUGCUGGGGAGGAAGGUGAACUGGCAUGACUUUGCGUUCUUCGACCCGGUCAUGUACGAAAGCCUGCGGCAGCUGAUCCGCCAUUCACAGGCCGGCGAGGCAGAUGCAGUGUUCGCCGCCAUGGACUUGGCCUUUGCCAUUGACCUCUGCAAAGAGGAAGGAGCUGGGCAGGUGGAGCUCCUGUCUGGUGGGGUCAACAUGCCAGUGACUCCCCUCAACGUGUACGAGUACGUGAGGAAGUACGCGGAGCACAGAAUGCUGGUGGUGGCCGAGCAGCCUCUCCAUGCGAUGAGGAAGGGUUUGCUGGAUGUUCUGCCCAAAAACGCCCUGGAAGACCUGACGGCCGAGGACUUCAGGCUGCUGGUCAACGGCUGCGGAGAAGUCAACGUCCAGAUGCUCAUCAGCUUCACCUCUUUCAAUGAUGAAUCUGGGGAAAAUGCAGACAAACUACUGCAGUUUAAACGCUGGUUUUGGUCCAUAGUGGAGAAGAUGAGCAUGACGGAGAGGCAAGAUCUGGUGUACUUCUGGACCUCCAGCCCGUCUCUGCCAGCCAGCGAGGAGGGUUUCCAGCCGAUGCCCUCCAUCACCAUCCGGCCUCCUGAUGACCAGCACCUCCCCACAGCCAAUACUUGCAUCUCACGUCUCUACGUGCCACUCUACUCUUCGAAACAGAUACUCAAACAGAAACUCCUGCUAGCCAUUAAGACCAAGAAUUUUGGUUUUGUGUAGAGGUUCGACAUAAAAAAGAGUUUAAAAAAGGCAAUGAAGAAGAAAAAAAGAAAAAAAAGACGUUUACUGUUGUGUAAUAUUUACCUAGCUCAAUUUUUGUAGAUUUAUUUUUUGUCUGUACAAUUUUAUUAAAUUCGACAUACUGUCGCUAUCUCCCCAGGCGGUAAUAUUUGUUUGUGUUGUGAACACGAACGGCUUGUUAUUUUUAUUUCCAUUUUUAUUGCUUUUUUCUUCCUUUUUUUCUUUUUGUGUUGAUGAAGAAGAGGUAUACAGUCCAGAACAUUCCUGCAUUGGCACUGUAAAAUGUUAAGCCCUCAGCCCUGCUCUAUUGGCUUCAACCUUUGCUUCCCAGGAAUUUGGAUUGACAGAAUGCUGUCUGCCGAAACCCAGCCAAAGACGACAGCAGUAGAAGUAUUUAAAAGAAGAAAAGACACACUGUGAUGAUAAGUUUUUUUUUCUUUUUUCUUUUUUCCUUCCCUAAAAAAAAAGUACUAUCACUGACAGUUCACUGCUGCCUUUGUGGAAAGUCAUUUUUUUCUUGUACAGGGGGAGUAGGGAAUUUCAAAAUAAACUUGGAUGCAAAUAAGUUGUCCAGUUUUUAUUUAAUUAGUUUUUUUUUCUUCUCUCCCCUCAAUACUUUGUUAAGCGUGGGAGGGAAUUUAAAUUUACAUUUGUGUAAGAGGAGGCUGCCGUAAUAUAAAUCCUUAAUUCCAUGUUUUUUAUUUAUGUUUUCUGUAAAAUCACAGAAUAACUUGUCCACAGCUUGGUCAAAUCUAUUUGAGAAGCAGUCAUUUCGGAAUCAAAAUUAGAUGCAAUAAAUUGUGAAAUAUUA